GCAACGGUCACAACAAUACCUUGAAUCACAUGAAGAAUAUAUAUUUUCAAAUUAUAUUCAUUGAUGUCCUUGAUGGAUAAGACAAGGAUUGACUCGAAUCUCAGCUGCACCAGAAUAUCAAUUUAAAAAUGAACGUGACAAUAUUGACGAAGAUUGUAAAGAAAUAACAAAAACAAAACAAAGAAACCGGAGCCGGUGCCAGAGAAAUGCAAAGUUGUGAAUAUUUUUCUUUGAAUAUUUUGUUAAUUUGAUAUUGAUAAUCAUUUAUACAAAUCAUAGAAGAAGAUUGGAGUACCACAUAUAAAAAUAGAUAAAAUUGUGUUUGUACAAAAACAUCAAAAACAACAACAACAACAUUGAAGUUCUCUAUAGAAAAUAACGCAAAAACAAACAACAGCAGCAACAUGUUACCAACGAAUGUAAUGACCUUCAUGAAAAAGAUGGUUGCCACCGACGAGAAUGCUUCCACACAGAAUACACCCGACAGCGGAGGCACAUUUGGAAAGUUAAAACAGACAUUAUCAUCAUCACUGCUAACAGCCCAAGAUAGAGUCAAUAAAAUGUCUCCACGUCCUUCGCUAAUACCGACAGAUGCUGAUGGCGGCUACGGCAGUUACCAGCUACAGGAUACAAUAGCAAAUCAAAAUAACAAUAACAACAAUAAUUCGACGACAAUGACAGCAACAACAACUGGUGGUGGCGGUGGUGGUGGCAGCAGCGGCGGCAGUAGUGCGACAACAAAUUCCUCCAAACAAAACACAGAACCCGGUCGUAGAGCGGGAGCAUGUCGGGUCUGUUUGAAAUCAUUUAAACCGGAUGAUUUCCAUAAGACGUGCUUCGAAUGCCAGCAGCGGGUGUGUGAGGACUGUGCCAGCUAUAGUAAAUUAGAAGAGAAUGAGGAUGCGAAUAUGUGGCGUUGCAGUGUGUGUCGACGAAAAAUGGCAUCCCGAGUAUGUAUGCCACAGGCUUCAACCGAUUCCAGUCUGGAUGUGCCCGUAUUGGAGGCACUGCAAAGACGUCAUUCAGAUGCCAAACUAGGAUCAAGUACACAAACACUGGCACCGGCAAACGGGGCAGCACUGGCACCACCACGCAGUCCAGAACUGCGGAGACAUUCAGAUGUAUCACCUGCGUCAUUGAAAGAACUGGAACGGCAAUUGAAAGGCAACAAAACACCCGGCGGAGAUGGCGAUUGGCGUAAGGGUGGCCAUAGUAUGGCACCCAGCCGUUCCAAUAGCCCACCGCGGCAAGAGGAACUUAGUUUCGGACCACCAUUAUCACGUAUGGCUUCCAGGCGAGGAUCUCGCGUAGCUCGCCAGCAUAGUUAUGAUGAUGAGGCAACUGCGGCCAGCACAGGUGGCGGCAUUGGUGCUGGAGGUCUGGGAGCAGAUAUGGGCUUGGGUAUACCAGCCAUGCCAAGAAGAAAAUCGGCUUAUGAUGUCUUUGCUCCCGGUGUCCUGCAGGCGGCAGCGCAAUCUGCCCAACGUGCUCCCACAGAUCUGUCAACAAUGACCCCUCAGAUAACAUUACCGGGCUCUCGACGACCAUCAUUUCGGGUACCACAUCCCUCCGAAGAUUUGAACAAUGAUGAAUCGCCCAGUCCCGACAAGGGCAGUCCAGUGUUAACCGUUGACGAAGACAGGCGAAUGCGCCGAAGGGGAUCACAAUUACCCGAUUUAGCUGCUUUACAAUCUCGAGGUGCCAUACCUGGAGCCACAAUACCACCAUCGUCUAUACCACCACCUUUAGCUGCUUUCACCGGACCCAAUCUGGAAGAUUUGGAAGCGCCCAGAAGGCAAACAUCUAUGGAUGGAGAGGCUAUAAAAAUCGUAAUACACGAUGUAGAUUCUGGACCAAUUUGUUCGUCGAAACGACGUAUCAUUUUAAGGAGAGAUCCCUCGGAUAUAGCGCAUCGCACGCGUGGCUUUGGUAUGCGUGUGGUGGGCGGCAAGACUGGAGCAGAUGGCCGACUAUUUGCCUAUAUUGUGUGGACAGUACCCGGAGGACCAGCUGAGAAGAAUGGUCUACAGCAGGGCGAUAAGAUUUUAGAAUGGAAUGGUAUGUCACUAAUCGAUCGCAGUUUCGAAGAGGUGUGCAGUAUAAUGGAUCGGACCGGAGAUAUAGUGGAACUACUGGUGGAACAUGCCACCGAUUUUAGAAUGUGUGAUUUAUUCGAUGAAAAUCUACCACCGGGCAAUAGCGGCGGCAGUGAAAGAGGGCCAAGGCGCUCAGGCGAUGGCCCUGUAGGUUUGGGUCUAAUUGCGGACCCUGAAACUACAACUGACAAAUCACCGGCUUCACCAACACGGCGGAAAUUACCUAAGACUCCGGUAUAAAUUAGUUCCGCAUUCAAUCAAUUUUUUAUUUCUAGUCUUAUCUCUACACUCACACACACUCUAACACACACAUACACCCAUACACACAAUCACACUCUAUAACAAUAUGUGUAUUUUCAUACAAUAACAAAGCUAAAAUGUAGACGAGAAUUUAUCCGGAAAAUGUGAAACUAAAGAAGAAUUAAUCAAUUUUCUACAAUAAAUUAAAUAUUCUUAAAUACAAGUUGAUCCUUUUGACUUCCGGUGAUUGAAAUUCAUAAGAAUUGAAAUGUGAGAACUUCAAAUAGACAAAAAAUUAAUUUGUUUUUCGUAGUAAAAAAAAAACAACAACAACAAAUAGAAACAAUAAGUUAUUCAAACGAAGGUAGUGAAAUAUUUUAAAGUUUUUGUAACCAAACAAAAAAAUUAAAUCAAAUGAAAUAAAACAAAAAAAAAAGAGAAUUGAAAUAGAAAAACCCCUUAACAAUGCAAACAUUUUCUUUUCAUUUCAUUUGAUUUGCUUUUUUAAUUUUCUUUUCCAAAAUUCUUGACUU